CACCGUUUGUUGUCGUGCCAAUUGCAUAGAUGUAGGAGCAUUGUUGUACGCCCUUAGUUAGGCUAGGCACCAAGUAGUACCAUCUCCUUUCCAGCAAAUUUACACACACUUUCCCUACAAUUUCCUCCCGCCAAUCCCUAAUUAUUGAGCAUUUAAACGUUCCUGCAAUCACGUUAGCAGCCCUUCCCGUAGUGACGCACGUCCGAGUCGAGUCUGCACCGUAACGAAAUGGUAAUACAGCGUGUUUGGCGUAGCGCUGCUGCUUCCUCAUCGCUCAGUGCACCACAACCACCACCACCUCCUCCUCCGCCAUCAUCAUCAUCCUCCUCGUCCGCCACCACGGUGGCCACUUCCGCUUCCGGCUCGGCGGGAACGGCGGUGGUAGUAGCAACAGUUGCAACAAGUGCCUCAGAAGCAACAUCAACAAACAACAGCGGUGGUGGCAGCACGACGACGACAACAACAAACGCUGCCGAACCGGACGCAGGCUGUGCUGUGCAAACUGGGAUGCGGCAGAAACUGAGAAAUGCUCUUUCCGGCGAGGCAACGCUGGAAGCGCUCAAGCAGCGUUACGGCACGGGCCGCUCGUUCGUGAGCCAGACGGCGAACGAUGCGGCGAUCAAAUCGCUCGAGCUGCUGCGGGCCAACGUCCAGUGCUACUUCGACAAGGAGGUGGACGCGAUAGUGAAAAAGUUUCACCAGACGUACUUCGUGCCGGCGAUACGCAACAUUAAGGAAAACCUGGGCGACGGGGCCAUCUCGGACGAGGCGCUCAAGAGCGUGUUUUGCUCGCUGCUGGAAAACACGAAGGCCCAGUAUGGCAGCCAGCUGUCCUCGCCGGCGGGCAAUUCGCUGUCCCGCGCCAACACGCCCGGCAUGGAGCUGAGCGAUUCCGACUCCAGCACGGACAAUGCGCCGGCAGCGGGUGCCGCCACCAGCCUGCUGCAUCAGGCGCUAAAGCGCAAGCUGCCCGAACCGAACCAACCGGACCUGUUCAAGCGGCAGUACUUCCUGCACGGGCCGAUCUUCCCGCACGUCCCAUAUCAAAGCCUGCCGACGACGGUGCAGUCACAGGUGGGCGGUUCGAAUCUGUCUGCUGCGGCUAGCACGCGCCCCGUCUGUGCGCUGCCCACUACCGUCAUCACGCCCGAGAGCCUGUUCAUACUGGAUUUUAAGGCGGCCCGCGUGCUGGGCAUUGCCGACUUCCGGGACCGGCUGGCCAACAGGCAUCCCGAGGUGCUGCGCUACUGUCCCGACACGCAGGACCGCGACUGGCUGCUGCAGCAGCGGCAGGUGACACCGUUGAACAAAAAUGGGCGCUUCUUCCUGCUGGCGCUGGACGACGUGAAGAAGCUGAUCGAGCGGAACGCGUUCGAGCACACGGCCAGCAGUGGGCGCUCCGGGGAACUGCAGGGCUUUAAGGUGACGGAGAUGAUUUACGCCAAAAUACAGAAGCUGCUCCGGGAGCUCACCGAACGGCAGCGGGCAACGGAUGGUUUCGAAUCGCCGAAGGUGCUGCCGGUGGUCGCUUCCACCGGUCGGCCCCGGAUAUCCUCACUCAGUUCCUCGCACGCAACGCUGACGGCACUGCUGUCCACGCCCCACGCGCACACGGCAGCGGCGGCGGCGGCGGCCAGUGAGUCCGUUAGCAGCUCCUCGUCGGCGAUGGCCGCGCUUGAGAGUGGGGGCGAGCUGAAGCGUAGCUAAGUCUGAUUCUAGUUCCUCUGUACAUAUCAACACGAGAGAAAGGAUGUACGGGUGAGUCCGUACGGUGUAUAAAGGUGUGCGAAACGGUGUCUAUUUGCCACGGUGUUGGCUGCGUAGGUUUCUUUACGUCUACUUGAUCGAACUGUGUGCGCUUUCGGUGUAUUUUUGUGGUGAGUUUUUCACGAAAUAAAUCUAUGUACAAAUGGUGUUAA